AGCAGGAAUCCCGUACAAACGGGGGUGGCGACAAACCACUGCUCCCUGUGUAACCACCACCCCCCCUCCCACAACACACAGCCCGCGAAAUAAGCUCAAGUAUGCACCGUUAAGGGCGCCAUCCAUUCACAAUUUCCAAUAACAACAAAAAUACAAAAACAACAGAGAGUCGGCAAAAAAAAAAACAAUAACCGUUUGGCGAAAACAACAACAAGUGAAGCAUAAUUUGAAGAAACAUCAGAACAAAAGGGAAAGCACAAACAACGGAGUCUGAGAAAGAGAGAGAAACAGCCGUCACUGAGUGGGAGAAAGAUAGCAACAGCGGACAACAACAACGGACUCUGAGAGAAAGAGAAAUAAAACAACGGACUCUGCUAGAAAGAGAGAUAGGAACAACGAAGAGCAAACCAAAAAAAGGAUAAUAUUGAAAGCAACAAAAGAAGAUUUUAAACAACAGAUUCUGCGAAAAGAGAGAAUUCCAUAAAUUAACGGACACUGCAAAAAAAAAAGACCAAAUCUACAAAAAAAUAAAAUUUUUUGGGUCUGCACCAAUCGUUGUGGGCGUGGCUAAGUGCAUCCAACUGUAAUGUUCCAUUGCCGACGAUCCCUAUUCACCAUCCAUUCAUCAUUUUCAUACUCAUCAUCAUCAACGUGGGUGCCAUCAACAAAAUGUCCAAAGCGACGGGAAACAUUGGACCCGCGCUAGGAGGUUCAAUCGGUGGAGCAAACGGUGUUAGGACGGAGGAUCACAUAAUAACCAUCAGUACUGCCAGCCUCGCGGAAGCCAGCAACGGGGAAGCACUGAAGCAAUCGUCUGCCAGAGAUUCGCCCAUACACUCAGUUGGGCCACAAUCUGUCGAGGUGCCCCACCAGCCGCCCAAAGCAAACAGUGCCCAAACCCAUACGAGCAACAGAGGGUACUCCCUUUGCCGAUUGUCCCAGUUGGUUAGCUACCAGAAUAACAUUGCGGACGUCCAGCAUCGACGUGGUAGACGGCUCCAUGGACUGCAGUUGCCAUUGCAUCCGUUGCAACUGUUUGGAUGGUUGGUCCUCCUGCUCUUCGGUUUGGCCAGCUAUUGGGUGUUGAUCCCAGCAUUUCAUGCACCGCUACAGGGUCCGCUAUAUGGGCUCAUCACUGGGCUGUAUCUCGUGCACAUUGCCUCACAUUUGACGGCCCUGCUGACGGAUCCGGCGGACAAGGAGCUGCGGCGAGUGCAUCGCAACGAUCGCAUUGUCCCAGAGUUUGAUCGCACCAAGCACGGACACGUGAUUGAGAACGGACGGUGUCAUUUGUGCAACAUACGCACCUCCUCGAGCCGCACCAAGCACUGUUCGGUGUGCAACAAGUGUGUGGGAAAGUUCGACCAUCACUGCAAGUGGUUGAAUCAUUGCAUCGGAUCGAGGAACUAUGUGGCCUUCCUGAUGUGCGUCGUCAGUGCGGUGGUGGCCACACUGGUGAUUGUGGCCGCGGUGAUUGCCCAAAUCGCCUUCUACUACAUCCAACCGGAGUGGCUGAGCUUCUACUGGUGUCGUUCCACCAGCGAUCCGGACGCCGGACACCAAAUGGAGCCCGGGGACUACAUAAAUCUCACUCUAAGCCUUGGUAAUGGGACCAUGAUGCUGCUGGAGCAGCCACCUGACGAGGAAGAACCCCAACAGAUGGAUGAGCAAAUGGAGAACAUAACCAUUUCCACCUUGCCCACACUCUUGGAGAAUUUUACGGCUUUGAUUGAGGCAUCUGCCACAUCCCAGCCAGGCAUCAAUAUGACCACGAAUCAGACCAUCACACCCGUAGUUGGGGGAAUAGGUGUAAAUGAAACUAUAUUCUUGCUGCUUUUGGGAGUCCUGGGACUCUUGGCAGCCGUGAGUGCAGGAUUACUUCUCCACCUGUGCUUUUUCCACAUCUACAUCUCGUUUUUGGGGCUCACGACCUACGAGUACAUAAGGAAUCAUCGUCAGGCGCAGGAAGCCAAAGCCAAACAGCUGCUGGAGCAGGAUACAGCCGUGGGAGUGGGCAAAAAUGGAACAGUUCACUUCUCAGCAACCCUCCCAGAGCCCCACAAUCCGUCCAAAACGAUGCCAGGUGGUCAGCAGCUCUACUGUUUCUCCAAGGCGCCACAUCCCAACCAGCAGCAGCAACAGGAGGCGGCUCUCUGCGCGGGACAAACCGAGCAAUCGAUGCGGAUGCAUUGCUGUGCCAGCUCCAGGGAGUUCCAUAAGUCGCGGCAGGCCAUCUACCUGUGCUCCCUGCUGGAGGAGCGGACCAGCGCCACCAGUCACCAUCCUCCUCUGCAGGACUCUCUGAGCAGCUUCCAUUGUUGCUCCAGUUUUGCGGCUAGCUCCCUGCAGCGUCGCGUGAGUGUGGCCAAGGGCUCACUGAUCUCUGGAGAGCUGCGACCCCAGCGUCCAGCCACGUAUCUGCAGUACACGGAACAGUGCACACUCUGCACCUUUCGCCUGCGACGCGAAGGAGCAGCAGCAGGCGCACCCAGCAGUGCGGGGGGAAGCAGCAGCACGAGGACCCUGUCCAGUCAAGCGGGUGUAUCCUCCGCAUCGGCCAAUGGGGCGGCAGGGAACAUCUCCAAACAUCAGCGCUGGCGCAGGAAAUGGAACUGCUGUGCCAGUGUCCCGGACAGUCCCGAUGUACCCAAUGAUCUCCUGGCGGCUCUGACCUUCAGAGAGCGCGAGAAUGCGGAAGCGGCGGCCAAGCUGAAUGCCCAAGAGCUGCCAAUACAAUUUAUACGAACUCUGAAUGGGGGCAUGGAUCAUCCGGAGGUGGAACUGCCUGUGAAGACAACGACAACGACGCCGCCGCGCAGCUCUCGAUUGCGGCACAUGCUGCGCCUCCUGGGACGUUAUAGAAGGCCCCGAUGUCGCCAUCAUGGAGGAGGAGCCCACGGCGUGGCGGCCAAGGAGCAUCAUCAGCAUCAUGGCGGGGGCACUAUCAAACAGAAUCAGAUACGUCCAUUGCAACUGCAGGCGGCAGGUCGUGGCUACGUCGCCUCCACGACGCCAACAACAACGCCACCCGGCAGUUCUCCGAGUCGGAGCUCCGCAGAGAGCAGCAGCGAAUCGGUGAGCACCAGCAGUCCCUCCAGUGGCUCCAAGAAGGAGCUAAUGCUGUUGCCGACAUCCGUGAUCCGAGAUGAUAGUGUGACAACCUAUACACUCACCCUGCCACCGGCAUUGCCGCCACCCACGCGACGCAAGAUGCCGCAGGCCAGUCAGGAGUUGGCAGAACUUGCCGAGUCCCUGGGAUUUGUCAGCAGUAAUCAUCAUCAUCCGCCGCCGCAACAGCAGCAGCAACAACACUUGACACCCAACAGUCGACAGAUGCCCCAUAGCCUAGGGAACGUCUAUCGAAGGCAACGGAGGAAGCAUUUCAUGCGCACUCGAUCGCCCACACUGUCUCCCAUCCACGAAUCCGGCCUCUCCAAUCCGACAUCGCCGCAACCGCUGCGGCACCACCCACACAGCAGUCUAACACUCAGCUCUAAUUCCAAUCCGGCCAAAUGUUCGUCCCCACUCGCCAACCUUUCGUCGAUGUCCUCAUCCUCGGUGCUCGUCCAGAAUCUAUGCAGCCUGGCAGGCGAGACCCUUAGGAAGACAUCGUCCAAUAGUUCGCUCCAAAGCAUCAGCUCCAACUCUAGCAGCACUUAAAGCAAGGAGAAGCAAGGGGCACCCAAAUGAUAAAGGAGUGUGCUGUGGUGUUAAACAGUUCCUCGAAUGGUUUCUGUUAAGUCCUUUAGAUGAUAGUCAUAGUCAUAGUCAUAGUCAUAGUCAUAGCCAUAGUCGACGUCCCCUUGGCUUUCGGUGGAUCCAGGAAAUCAAUUAAUCUGCAAAUAAGUAUCCAAAGUCAUAACCAAUUGAAAUCAAUUAAGGCCUCCGCCAUCGGCAGAGUGGCAGGAAAUUGCCAGUGGAUGCGAUGUGGUUUCAUGGCCAGAAACUUAAUUACCUUUUUUGCAUAGGAUGUUGCGGCUCUUUGUUUGAGUUUAUUGAAUGCAUAUUUAAUUUAUUAGAAGUCCUGGCCCGGCCCCUCGAGCGCUAACCGAAAAUAAUUUUAGUUUGUGGGUCCUUUCUCGGUCUCGGCCUCAAGGAAGCUAUGGAUACGUGGUUUAUUCUUGAAUGAAAUUUCACCAUGGAAUUUAGCGUUGGGCUGUGUCUACUUUUGGCUUGAAUUUCUUUGUUUUAUUCUCAACUAAGGAUGGUUAUUCCUUAUUGAAGUUAGGAAUAUUCAUUGUUUUGAAAAUAUUCACAGUUCUUUUGGAUAGUCCUGUGUCCGUGUUCCCUAAAAUCAAAGGUAGUUUUCCCUUGGAAUUCCGUUUGAGCAGUGCUGCCACAUCGUUUGUCACUAACAGCAUUAUCCCCACUCUCUAGUACCUACUUACUACAUGUCUAUCCCUAACAAUGUUCGCUUAUCCUUUGUCUUCAUUGAAUGACUUUGCAGUUGAAUUUAUAAAAUAUGCAACAGCAUGUGCUGCAAAUGCAGCCAAGGGGUCGUGUCGUCUGUUGUGAGCGGGCAGGUCACAAGAGGGGAGCAGCCAGCAGCUCCCCACUGAUAUUGAUUUUCAUUUUCCACAAAAUUUAUAAGCAAAGGCGAUGGGGUGAUUACGUAUUGUACGGAUGUACGUAUACGAGUACGCGAGUAUCUGUAUCUGUAUAUCCACUCGUAUAUCCUGGCAUCAUCCAUACAACAGAGAGGCAAAAUCAUUCCACCAUUCGGGGCAUGCCUCGCCCCAAGGGAAGCAGACUGCUGAUGCUGAUGCUGCUGCAUGUUGCCAAAUUGUUACGCAAAUGUUUUCAUUCGAUUUAAAUUCAAAUGCAGUGACAAAACUCGACAAUAGACCCGAGAGAUACAACAGAUACGAGCACGAGUUCGAGUACGAGGUAGAAGGUUGCCCCAUGCCCUAUCCAUCAUGGCUCUAAACCUAAUUUUGAUGACUGACUCACAGACAGAGAGAGCGACCCAUUAAAUAUGCUGAAAAAACUGAAUAAUUAAUGAAAUACAAGUCGAAAAAACAGAUAGAAGUACAGCAAGGAAAUGCGUCAAAUGUGAGAUUGAAUCGCGGGGAUUGAGCGCUCCUGUUUCUAUUCCUUCAGCUGUCAUUCAGGGCAAAAGUUUAACGAAUGGUUGGAUAGAUAUCAGGGUUUGCUUUGACUAGUGCUUGCCAUAACGAGGACGCACAUCAGGAGGACUCCGUCUGGUCCUCCUAUUCCCAGACAGUCGUCCGUGUCGGCUCUCAUGUUAUUGAAACUGACAGUCGAGGCAGAAAGCCAAAUGGAAAGUCCAUUUUUAACUGGCUAACACACACUGUGGGAGGGAAGUGUGUGUGUGUGGGAUGUGAUGUGGCACGAGUAAUGGUGCGGCAUGGUGUGAUGUGAUGUGAGACGGAUGGAUGGAUGGAUGGCUGGUUUGUUAGCGCGAGAAUCGAGUACAGGAAAUGGCUGUAGAGGAGGUGUUCGAUGUUCAAGGUGUGGCCGGUGUGGCAGUUAGCUUCACUCAGAGUGUGAUUAGUUUCUUUUCCAUUUCUCUUUCUUUCUGUCUGUUUAACAGUCAUUCCAAAUCAAUUUUCUUACCCUUCAUCAUUCAGAUUUUGAAUUGUAAAUAGUUUUUUCUUUAAUUGAGUGACUUUUAACUCUUUAAGUUUGUACUUUUGGAGGGCUUAACACCACAAAAAGUACCAUGGAAUCAGUAUUAACUUCAUAAAUUUAAGGAACAGUUGAGAAAUUCAUGUUAAGAUCAUUAACUUGCUCUACCAUUCACUUCUUUUGGCCUCUUCAUUAAUGCAGGCACAUGUGCCUCACAUUUCAUUUGCAUUCAAUUUGCUUGAUACAAUCCAUUAGCACUUUUCAGUAAACCUUCUAUCACAAUUCAUUCAUCUUUCAAUUCCUAACCAAUCUUUUGGUUAAAUUCAAUUUCUAUGCUCUUAAAGUACAACCAACUCAGAGCAUAUCUGCUGUAAACUUUUGUUCGAAAGAAAACUUCUAUUGUGAUUCUCCAAAAGUUUACCAAAAACUUUUUAACUUUAAAGAAAAAGGAAAGAGGAUAAAGGAAAUUCGCUUUUGGUUUAGUUACUUACUCACAUGGAAGUAAUCCACAAUCUUUGAAUUUAAAUGGACUAUUCGAAAAUGUUUUCGUUGCAAAAUUGCAUUCAAAGUGUUUUAUUUUGUGUAAAACAUUAUAGUUAUACCACAAAAUGUUUAAUUUAUUGUAAAAUGCAAAUGUUUUAUUCAUUAUGAUUUUCUAACUAUUAAACUAACUAUUUCUUGACUAUUAAAGUCGUUCCUUAUCAAAUGUUUUCAUCACUACUCGUAUUAAAUCUUUCAAUAUUUCCGCAUACAUUUGUAAAAAAACCUUUAGUCCUUAAGAACAGUUAUACAUUCAAAUUGUAGUACUAAUAUAGUCGUUCAUCAUUUAAAAUGUAUUUUGUUUUUGCACUCUCGGGCAUAGUCUUUUACAGCCGUCUGCCUGCCGCCGGUAGACGAAGAAUAAUUUGCGUAGAAAUGUGUGCAGUUGAGAUACAUAUUAAGUGUAUAAAGUCGAAAGGUUUUUGUCGAGGCUCCAGGCCCCUUUACCGACGAGACAUUUCUGCCAAUCCUAAGUACAGUCAUCACAAAGCGCUUUCCUCGAAAGUUUUCUAUCAAACCCUGUUUCCCUUACAACUUUCCCCAAAACAUUUGUCUGCUUUAAAUAAUUCAGUUCUUUCUUUUUCCUUUAUAAAUUGCCGCCACCACUCUUUUUUGAAUUUCGGCCACACUGUUACUUCUGGCUAAAUAAUUAAACCGGUCAGACUGUCACAUGCGAAAUGAGGCCAACAAAUAAAUGGAAACUUAAUUAAUUCAUUAUUAAUGCUCAUUGACAGCGAUGGUCUGAAAGCACCAGAAAGAAAAUCAAGUGGAAUCCAAGUACAAAUGUGGUUGACAUAUACAAAAGCUAUUUUUGGAUUGGGAAUGAGAUGGGGAGAAACCGAAACAAAGUUAUAGGGAAAGGCUAGAGGAAAAGAGCUUGAAAGACAGUGUCAUUGAGCCUUCGUUUGACAUGCACUUUUGCAGUGGUAUUCAGACGUGCAGAGAGACAGUCAGACAGACAGAGAGACGCCUGCUAAAUGACUGAAAAUAACAUAAUGCAACAACUAUAAAUGGAUUUUCAAUGCAGACUUCACUGCACUGACAGCUGGAGCAACAUACAUUUUCCUUCUUUGGGUUUUCCUUUGCAUUUUCCCCACUUUUCGCCUUUUCUCCUGCUCAUUUCCGUAGAACGACAAAAAACAUGCUGCAUACUUUUGAGGGAGCUGUUUCCUUUCUCUGAUGUAUGCUACAUUUUCCAUGUGUGUGCGUAAGAAGAGUGCUUGGUGGUGCUUGGUGUUUGUGUGCCUGGUGUGUAGGGAAAAUGUUUAAUUUGAUGGCACUUGGCAUUAAGAUUUGGAGCUGCACCUGCCACCAGUAGACACACGCACUAACAGAUACUCGACUCGUACUCGUACAUUCUUCCAGGGUUCAUUAUGUGUAUCCGACAGUGAAAAGAGUAUCCUUAUAUGUUGUGUAUGCUGUAGAUGGUUGAGGCUAUGGUGACUAUUCUUUAAUGUUGAGGUACAUACAUAUGUACAUCCAUUAUACUCCCAUUCAUGCAUUUAUUUCCUACUCCUAUCCCUAAAUGUAUGUUGUUUACUCCACAUUCUUGACAAUACUUUAUUUAGGAUAAACACUAUUUUGCUCUUUCCUUUAAAAUGUGCACUUCGAAGUAGAGUAAAUAAAUUUCACUUUGAAACAAACAAAACUACAAAUGUAUCUCCUGCCUGCUCUCACCUUUGCAUUACUUUCCUCUGAGGAAAAAGCAACAAAACGGCUUUUUUUCAGAUUUUCUUUUGGCUGUGCCUUUCUGUAGAGAGGUGCUCUUUCUGCCUUUAGCCAUAUGUCCGGACCCACCGACAGCUGUCUGCCCUGUGGUCAUACAGCCACACUUCAGGAGACCCAUAGCCAGGGAGAGCUGUCCAUGCGAAUGCUCUCUGAACUCUGAAGUCCUUGGACCUGAAAGAGUUACCUCCUGUAUGGUUUUUCUUUUUCCUUCACUUUCAGUUGUCUGUAGAGUAAUUUCAGCAAAAAUUAAAGUAAAAUAUAUUCAUGUACAUAUAUUGGAUAUAUUCCUGAUAUAUGUAUGUGUUAUAUGGUUAUAAAAAUAUUCCACUUUAAUUGCAUGUUCGUGUCAUGUACAUGCAACGGCCCGAACCACACGACCAGAACCAGAACAGGGGUCCUGGGAUCCAGGCAACGCCCUCGAGUUUUCAUUUCGAUUCUUUUCCGCCCGCCUGGAUAUUGUUUAUGGAGACACAAGCUCCUGGGGAUCUCCAUUUGGGUUGGAGUAUUCUGUUCCUUUUUGGGGCGUUUGUUCCGUUCGCUCGUGCUCCCACUAUGGCAACGCAAAAAUGCAUUUGCCGAUGUUGUCAUGACCACUUGUUGUUGGGUUUCAUGUUGGUUUUUUCCACUGGUAGUAGUUGUUAUUUUUGUGCAUCAAUUAAAAAACAUUUUCUCUCUUUGCUGCAAUAUGCCUUUGACAUGCAACGGCGAAGAUUUCACACAAAAAAAAGUGUACAUCAUUCUGGGCCUACACUAAUCGAAAAUUAAUAUAUUUUCCAGGAGUUUGAAAAGUUUCUCUGUUUAUAAGAAAGUUUUUCUACUCUUUCAACUAUUUUUUUACUUCGUUUCAAUAAUGAAUGACUAUCUUUCGACUGGAUUUCUAUACAAGUUUUGGCUUUAGGUACGAAUAACAUUCGUAUACUUUAUUUUUAGAAAAUAUGUUCUAUUUCUAGGGACAAAUUUCUGUAAAGUAGAACAGAUUGAAAGGGCAUCGAAACAAGUAUCCCAGAAAACCUUCAAUUGCAGAAAAUAUAAACGUUUUUAUUGUACAUUUUCCAUAGAAAAUUGUAAUUUCGGAGAAAUAAAAACAGUUAAGAGGCUUUUAUUAAGAGGUUAAGUGGCUUUCGCAUCAUCAUUAUUCAGAUUACUGGGAAAAUUCUAUAAAUAUAACGUAUUCUUGGUACUACAAAUUGUAUGAUAAUAUUCCAGGGGCUGGAAAAUUUUUUAAGCAGCUUGGAAAACAUGUUUAAUGGGAAAGUUUCAGAAAGAAUUAAGCGAUAAGAAGGCAUUCCUCAAACGAAAGCAUUUAAAGUGUUAAAUUUAUAUUUAUUUGAAAGAAAUUCAUGGCAAUUUUCUCCUAGUGUAUUCCAAAAGUUUGGCCAAUUUAUCAGGUUUCCUUUUUGAGUGGGUGUGUCGUCUGAUAUCUCCGCCUUCUAUGCAAACGAAUUAUGAUUGAUUUGGCUGAAAUUGGGUGCGAUGUCUAGUCGGUUCAGACAGGUUUUGCUUGUACACGUACAUGCCCACUGGCAGCGCCCACUCCCACUCCGCCCACUGAUUUCUUCGGUUGUUGUCAUUAGCAAUGGGUGGUAUUUGGGCGCUAUACAUGUUUCGAUGGGGUUCUGUCCCAUUGUUGGCCUGACUUUCCUUUCCUCGGAGUUUUGGUAUUCCUUUCCUCUAACUCUGGAUUCCCUUCCUCAAACUCUUGAUUCCCUUUCUCCAACUAUUUGCAUUGUCUCUGGGCUGCCAUGCAAUGACAUUUUUUUAGCUCUUUCUUCCAUUUUUCCUUUUUGGUUUUGGUUCAACGAACUCUCCUCCUGGUUUUCCCCUACGUCUUUGGUUGGGUGCCCAUUGUAUUGCUGUUCCAACCAGGUGGGAUCCACCGCCCUCCCACUCCGGGCCAGCUUUUAAUAUGCUUUUCAAUUUAGUUAAUGACUUUCCCAGAUGGUAGUAGGCCCUUGAACCGAUGUAUGGGCUCGGUUCUUUGCAUGUAACUCUAUCUAAAACAAAGAAUGUCGCUAUAAUAUAAAGAAAAUGAUGGAAAAACUAAGUGAAUGAGACUGGAAAAUUGCUGGCAUAAGAGAACGAAUAUGGAAAUGCAAGAAAAUACAACAAUAAUUAUAUUAAUUUAGGCAGCAAAUUGAUUGUAAAAUUUCUGUGCACACAGAAAAAUAUAUAUUUUGAUAAAAUGUGCAGCCAACAAAAAAAAGUCCACAAAUAAAUGAAAACCAAAGCAAAAAUAUUUAUAAAUAUCAAAGAAGUAUAGAAAACAAUUAGAAAUAUUUCCACAAAAAUGGAAACACACAAUAAAAAAGAAAAAAGGAAUAACAAAAAAUAAAAAAUGCUAUAAAAGAAAAGCGUUGAAUAAAUUUAACUGCAAAUAAUAAUGGGAAAAUGCUUUUCCAUUUAAUUGUUUUUUAUUUUUACUAGCUUUACAAAAUAAAAGAUAUUUUUUUCCUUUUUUGCUUCAUAUAUUUUCUAGUAUUUUAUGGACCCCUGUUUAAAGAGUUAAGUGAAUUGUAUGUGGCUCUCUGAAGCGCAAAGGAAAAUAGAGCGCAAGAAUACGAAAUAAAAAAACAAACUGAAACAAAA